AUGACCACACCAUGGGACAAGGAGAGGGUACAAUGGGCCUUACAACUCUGGAGAAUCAACAACAGGAGAUCUUCCCUGUCUCCUCAGCCAAACUACGAUCAUCUGGAGAAGGAGGUGGAGAGGAGGAAGAUGUUUCUGCAGGAGGACAAGCUGAAGGCCAAGGGGCUGAAUCCUGACGGGACCCCUGCACUGUCUGCCCUGGGGGGCUUCUCCCCCGGCUCCAAACCUUGUUCUCCUAAUGUUGUGAAGUCAGAGGACAAGUCCCCAAACCCCCAGAACCUGAAACCUGUCAAGAAGGAGCCGGACAACCGAGCGCAGAGCUCCAAGAGCCCACGCAGCGGGAUGAGGAGGGAGGCCAGGAUUGGCAGGAACAGCAGGAGUGGGAGUGGCUCCCGGUCCAGAACACGCUCUCCCUCGUGUUCCAGCUCUCCCCGCAGACAUUAAGACACCUUUCCUGCAUCUUUAACCUGGGGUUAUUGGGAGUGGAU